CCUCAUGGACUUGUGGAGGCAGACACUCUACCAUGUCUACACUACUUGUUUUCCCAAGCUGAAAGCUCGCGUCAUGAAGCGCCGACGAGAAGCGCAGGAGUUCAUUACUACCAUGAACGAUGCGAUAGCAUCGGAUGCCCGAUUACCCGACUCGGACACUCCAUUGCGCGACGCAACCAUUUUGCGCGGGCUGUUGGCUUGCAUGCAACGAAUAUACGAACUUAUCGCUUUGCCUGCGUCCGAGGCCGCGCCUAAGAUAGUCGACGUUCUUGCAGACGUGCGACGUGACUGGGCACGAGCGACGGGGGAGAAUGGGCUUCUUAUGGUAAAUUGGCAAGCUAUUUUUGAGCAUCGGCAGCAAGAGAGAAAUGUGACGUCAAAUUCAAAAAUACUCGACUUUCGACGCUUCAUGGAGAAAGUCUACUCUCUCCACACCCAUAUUCACACUCUUUUACGUGCUGCGACAUCUCCUCGCAGAAAGGUUAUGUUCCAUGCAGAACUUGAUGUGGUACUAGUGCAACCCUACGCUGCCCUUUCCCGUCCUUUUUUAUUUUCGGAAGAAGACAUCGGCUCUUUCAAUGAAAGUCUAAGUGAAUCCGAGACGGCGCAUGAGGAAGCGGAGGAAUCAAAGCCAGAGGAACAAGAAACACGUCCAUUCAUGUCGCGAGAGCCUCUCCUAGCCCAGUUAGGCGAGUCAUACUCCAAAACAUCGCAAGUCGUGGACCUCUCUCGCCAGAUCCCUCACUGUGAAUGCACCCUGCUUGUAUAUCACACAACAACAUCCACUGAUCUCCCGCCACAUCCCUACAUCGGCGUCUCCAAGCUGUCUUGUUAUCCGUGUUACCUCUUCUUUGAGGCGUAUCGUCAAGCCGUACCAAAAGAAGUACGGUGGGAGCUCAAGGGGUCACACGGAAAGAUCUAUCCAGGUUGGGUAAGGCCAAAAGGAUUGUCCCAGGAGGCGAACGAGAAAGUUGAACAGCUCAUGGUGAAGAAGUUGACGGAAAGGCUCCGCUUGAGUCUCGCAGAAGCAAAGAAAGCUCGCACACUUUCCGAUA